AUGGUUUCUCCUGAUUGGGAGUUGCCCUUUGAGCUUAUGUGCGAUGCUAGUGAUUUUGCAGUUGGAGCUGUUUUAGGCCAGCGUAGGGAGAAGAAGUUUCAACCUAUUUACUAUGCUAGCAAGACGCUUACGGAUGCCCAAGAACACUAUACCACCACAGAGAAGGAGCUCCUGGCUGUCGUGUUCGCUUUUGAUAAAUUUCGUUCUUACCUUGUGCUGUCAAAGACAAUCGUUUACACAGAUCAUUCUACUUUAAGGAUUUAUGCAGAUCAAAUUAUCAGGAGGUGUGUAUAUGGGGAGGAGGUCAUUCAAAUUCUCAAGCAUUGUCAUGAGGGACCAGUUGGUGGACACCAAGCCGUAAAACAUACGGCCAGGAAGGUUUUGGAUGCUGGUUUUUAUUGGUCGACUAUCUUCCAGCAUAUGUCCAGGUUUGUGAUGCAUGCCAACGGUCAGCCUGAGGCACAAGCCUUGCCUACUAAUGAUGCUAGGGUAGUUGUGAAGUUCCUUAAGAAACUAUUCUCUAGGUUUGGAACACCUCGAGCGUUAAUUAGUGAUAGAGGAACCCAUUUCUCUUAUCACCCACAAACGAGUGGGCAAGUAGAGGUUACUAAUAGAGGGUUUAAGCGCAUUUUAGAGAAGACUGUAGGAGCCAGUAGAAAAGAUUGGGCUACAAAGCUAGAUGAUGCUUUAUGGGCAUUUAGAACUGCCUAUAGGACUUCUACAGGGUUCACUCCCUUUAGGCUUGUGUAUGGGAAAGGUUGCCAUUUACUUGUUGAGGCAAAGACCAAACAGUGGCAUGACAAGCGAUUGAAAGGUUUGAAGGAGUUUAACGUAGGAGAUAGUGUGUUGUUAUUUAACUCUCGUCUCCGUUUAUUUCCAAGAAAGCUGAAGAGUCGCUGGUCGGGGCCAUUUACAGUGACGCAAGUCUUCCCUUAUGGUGCGGUUGAAUUGCAUCAUCCGGAAAAGGGAAAUUUCAAGGUUAGUGGGCAGAGGUUGAAGCAUUAUCUUGGAGGGUCACUGGAUAUGGAGGAGCAUGUGAAUUUGGCGCUCCAUUUCUGA